AAUGUGAACGAUCAGCAUUGUUUGUUGGCUUUGGUGAAUUUGGGUGCACGUCUGACGAACGAUAAAAGUUUGAAGUGUCGGCGCAUGAUCACAUUAGCCACUCGCAAGUUAUUCGAGUCUGUAUCCGAAUCGAGAUUGAACGAUGUCUAUUUGGCGAUGAGGGACUGGCUUGAAGCGAAGAAGGAGCAGAGUCGUUCGAUUGCAAUGCAAAUGUUGGUUGAAAUGGCUGAAGUAAGAAAUGAGAUUGUUUCGAACAAACUCAACGAACUGUUGCCAUACGUAACACAAACAGUUCAACCGAAUAUAUUGAGCGAAUACACCGAGAUGAAUAUUACCAAAAUUAUCGACUCUCUCACGGCAUUGAUUCGAAAAUGUGAAAGUGCCGCUAAACAAGCUGCAAACAGUGGUUUAUUCGAUGAAAUUUUGAAGCAUCUGGAGGACUUCGCGAAAUGUUUGGAAUCACCAGCGAUACAACUGGCGAGUGCACGAUUGCUUGGUCAGCUGUUCGCUGCACUCGAAUUGAAUUUCUUCCGCCUGAAAGAGAGUCCGUCUGUUAAAGAGCUGAUUGAUUGGACAUGCUGGCAACUUAAGAAUCGUUCACUCGGAGAUGAUCUCGCUGAACAGAAUAACGGAUCGGUUGAUGAUUGGUAA